AUUCUCUCCUCAAUCAAAAACUCCCCUCCAGAAUCUCACUCUCAACAAUCAAGACAAUGUAAUGCUAGAAUCACUAAAAUCUUCCACACCCAUUUGAUCACAACCGGUUUAAUUCAAUCCGAUCUGCUCGUGAAUUCAUUGCUCGAUUUGUAUUGUAAGUCUGCUGCCAUGGUAGAUGCACUCGAGCUGUUUGAUUUAAUUGCUGACCGAAAUGUUUUUUCAUGGAAUAUCAUGAUUUCCGGUUAUAACCACAUUUCGUUAUUCGAGAAGGCAUGGGAAAUGUUUUGUCCGAUGCAUGCUUCGGGUUUUGGGCCCGAUGAGUUUGCCUUUGGGAGUGUUCUUUCGGCUUGCAUUGCCUUGCAAGCUCCUAUUUUUGGGAAGCAGGUCUAUUCGCUUGCAAUGAAAAAUGGGUUCUUUUCGAAUGGUUAUGUUCAGUCUGGAAUGAUAGACUUGUUCGCGAAAAAUUGCAGCUUUGAAGAUGCUUUGAGGGUUUUUCAUGAUGUUUCAUGUCACAAUGUUGUGGUUUGGAAUGCUAUUAUCUCUGGGCCUGUGAGAAAGGGAGAGAACAGGGUUGCGUUGCAUCUUUUUCGGAAAAUGUGUCGUGGAUUCCUCUUGCCAAAUAGUUUUACAUUUUCUAGCGUUUUAACCGCUUGUGCUGCACUUGAAGAAAUUGAAGUUGGGAAGGAAGUUCAAGGGUUGGUGAUUAAACGCGGUGCAAAAGAUGUCUUUGUUGGGACUACUAUUGUAGAUUUAUAUGCCAAAUGUGGAGAAAUGAAUGAAGCUGUCAAGGAAUUCUCACGUAUGCCAACCCGUAAUGUGGUUUCUUGGACCGCCAUCAUUUCUGGUUUUGUGCAUAAGGACGAUUCUAUUUCUGCCGUCAAAUUUUUCAGAGAAAUGAGAAAAAUCGGAGAGCAAAUGAAUAAGUACACUGUUACGAGUGUACCUGCAUGUGCUAAACCAUCCAUGACGGAAGAGGCAACCCAAAUUCGUUCUUUGAUUUUGAAAUCUGGAUUGUAUUCAGCUUCAGUUGUGGGGUCAGCGUUAAUUAACACAUAUUCAAAAAUAGGAGCAGUCGAUCUAUCGGAGAUGGUGUUCAGAGAGACGGAAAAUAUAAAGGAUCUGAGCACAUGGGCAGCAAUAAUAUCUUCUAUUGCCCAGAAUCAAAAUUCUGGAAGGGCAAUUGAAUUUUUCUGGCGAAUGUUACAGGAAAGCAUGAGACCUGAUAGGUUUUGUACUUCCAGUCUAGGGGGACAGAUCCACAGCUAUACUCUUAAGAGUGGGUUGGUAUUUAAUGUCUCUGUUGGUAGUUCUCUUUUCACAAUGUACUCAAAGUGUGAUAGUCUAGAGGAAUCUUACAAAGUUUUUCAGAAAAUACCUGACAAAGGCAAUGUUUCAUGGGCCUCGAUGAUUGCAGGCUUUGUCGAACGUGGCUGUGCAGAUCAAGCCCUCCAGCUAUAUAGAGAGAUACCAUUAGAAGAAAUUGUACCCGACCAGAUAACUUUAACAGCAAUUCUAACUGCAUGUUCUGCUUUGUGUUCCCUACGGACUGGUAUGGAAAUUCAUUGUCAUGCUCUUCGCAGAGGAGUUGAACAAGAUGUACUUGGUGGGGCAAUUGUGACCAUUUACUCAAAAUGCAGUGCUCUAGAAUUGGCAAGGAGAGUGUGAUAUGCUCAAAAUGGGUAUGUCGAAGAGGCGCUUCUGCUAUUCCAUGAUAUUUUGAUGUCGGGUUUGACUAUUGACUCCUACACAAUCUCAUCCAUUCUUGGGGCCAUUGCACUUUUGAAUGGACAAGGUAUCGGGAUUCAACUGCAUGCUCACAUCACGAAAGUUGGCUAAGGCAGUUCACUAGUGACAAUGUACUCAAAGUGCGGAAGCACUGAACAUUGCCUCAAAGCUUUUGAUCAAAUUGAGAAGCCAGAUUUAGUUUGUUGGACAGCUAUGAUUGUGAGCUAUGCUCAACACGGGAAAGGCGCAGAGGCUUUAAGAGCGUACGAGCUUUUAAGGGAACAAGGAAUCAGGCCUAUUUCAGUGACUUUUGUUGCACUUUUAUCUGCCUGUAGCCAUAACGGAUUGGUUGAAGAAGCUUAUUUCUACUUUAAUUCAAUGGUUAAAGACUUUGGACUAAAGCCUGGUGACCGUCACUAUGCCUGUCUGAUUGAUCUUCUUAGUCGAUCGGGCAGACUGAAGGAGGCUGCAACAUUCAUCGACAAUAUGCCUAUUAAACCCAAUGUUUUAAUAUGGGGAACACUGCAAGCUGCUUGUAUAGUUCAUGGUGAUACGGAGCUUGGAAAGCUAGUUGCUAAAAAGAUGAUUAUGGAGUUGGAGCCAUCAAUGGAUCCCGGCGCAUAUAUCUCCAUUUCAAACAUGUAUGCAGAUGUAGGCCAUCAAUGCUUUAAUAUGGGGAACACUGCAAGCUGCUUGUAUUGUUCUUGCUGCGCAUAGAUUUGAAGAAACAUGCCGAGGCACGUAUAAAUUUCGGAUUAAGCAGAUCUGAGGCUGGUUCGAAAAGCCAACUAAUUGGAGACCAAGCAUUACAAAUGCAGAGAGUUGAACGCAGGGGAUGCAUUGUAAUGGUUUCUGUAGCUAAAAU